GCACAUUAUUUGUAAGUGGUCUUCCCAUGGAUGCCAAGCCACGAGAAUUAUACCUUCUUUUCAGGGCGUACAAAGGAUACGAAGGUUCGUUAUUAAAAGUAACAAGCAAAAAUGGAAAGACUUCAUCGCCCGUCGGAUUUGUCACUUUCACAACAAGAGCAGGAGCUGAAGCUGCAAAAUUGGAUUUACAACAGGGUGUGCGUUUUGAUCCUGAUUUGCCGCAGACCAUUCGCCUGGAGUUCGCAAAGAGCAACACUAAAGUGAGCAAACCCAAGCAACCUUCACCUCCGGCAGCUCCCACUCACCCCGGUCUUCUGCAUCCAAUCACUGGACAAGAGAUGGGGGCCUUACUGCCUGCAGUUCCAGAUGGUUGGCCUCAUCAUCCACUGUCAUAUACUGAAGUGCCAGUAUCCACAGCUCUACACUCGGCCGCCAUUGUUCACCCGGCCCUUCACGCCCAGUUGCCACCGCCCCUCACCGUACCUCAUCCCAUUCCGCACGCCGCCAUGCACCACCCGUCUCAGAUGCCGCCGCCGCCGCCCCAUUUCGUCGCCAACCAUGCCACCACCGCUCCGCCAAACUCGACGCCGCCGCCAACUCAGCAGCCGCAGUGCUCGACACUUUUUGUCGCCAACCUCGGGCAUUUCGUCCAAGAACAGGAGCUUAAGGAUAUCUACGGAAGUUUUCCUGGUUUCUGCCGACUACGAAUGCAUAAUAAAGCUCCAGGCCCUCUUACUUACGUGGAAUAUAAGUUGUCUGAAUGAAGGUCGAGAUCAAUCAAAAAGGACGUUGAAUUUCCCCCAAGGAAAAUCUGAUUUCAUCAUAGUCGGAAUCUUCCCACUGAAAUUUAAUUUUGUGAUCACACCGAUCUACUGAAAACCUUCUUCCUCUUGGAUAUUCUUCACCUCAAAUGCAUCAUUUGUGUUCUUCUUCCCUGCUCUUGGACUAUGAGUAUCUCUUCAUUUUGUUGAUUAAAGAAGUAAACAAAAGUGAGAUGAAACUGAAAAACUUUGUCAUUAAGUGAAGUGUCGUUGCUGUUGUUCUUUGUCGUUCCCUUCAACUUGCGACCAAAAUCUCUAAGAGACGUUCUUUCAAUGUAAGAGUUGACUGCUCUAUUCUUAAAUUGGCUUAAGAGCCUGUGGUAUCUUAUCUGGCGGCCUUCUUGGAAAUUUAUAGGAGUGUGGACAAAUCAAGAACAUAAACGACGAAAGAAAAAAAUGUUGGAACAGCACAUUUUUUAUUAAUUUCCUGGUUUAUUAUGGGCAGCCUAAGUAUCUGCAUUAAAAUACAACCCAGAUGCACGUUUCUGAAGAGCAUUUUAUCUUUUUUAGCAUAAUAAGAAAAUUAUGGAGAAAAUCUAAAGGUCUCUUCGACUUCAUUACACAGUAAACUCAAUAAUGGUAAUACUUAAGAAAAUAUAUUCUAUCAAACGAAAUGUGUUUCUAAAUCUAUUUCCUUGGUACUUACCACUCGAUGCAGAAGUGGAGGCCGACACCAAAUCUGUGCCAAGGCUUCAGAACGCAAUUUAUACGAAAAGUAUUUUACUGCACAAUCAUGAUUGUAUGUUGUUGUUAAUUCAUAAAAUGACUUCUGUUGCAAACUUCUUAAACAGUAUGUGAUAUUUCUAACAAAACUGUUGUUUCCCCCUUUUCACACCUCACCAUCUCUUAUUUUUUUUUAAUUAAACGUUAUUAAAUGUCGCUUUUGGUUAGGAUGGGAUGAACUGCAUAAAACUUGUAAACUUUGCAUAGAUCCUCGUGUAGACUGCUCAACUUCAGUGUCUCGAAGCAGCUCAUAUCAGUUUACAGUAUAUUUUAAAUUAAACAAUGUUCUUCAAGUUAGCUUUCGUAACUCAUAAAAUGAAGUAUUUAGCAUAGUCAUAGUUUUGUUCCUCUCUCAUUUCCUAGUCAGCAAUUUUAGUCAAUCUCUCAAUGACUAGUGUAUUAUAUUCUGUGCAACCAAUUAGAGAUGCAUGUAUAUCUAGCAUCUGAGCUUUCACUUGCAACUCUACAAGAAGGCAAAUAAUUAUAAUCCAUAAAAUUAAACUUCCAGACUAAUAAACGCGUUAAAAGACUCUUGCGAUUAACUUCGCUCUUGUAUUCGGAAAAGCCGCCAGUUAAAUAGAGACCAAAUAUUGAACAUAUCAGGAUGCUAUCAGCAAAGCAGCUGGGCUUAUCGUGAAUUUGCCCGAGAAAAACCAGUCGUGAACUUCUUUGUAAAUGAAUUCUAAGUAGAUCGUCAAGUAUAUGUGUUUAAAUGUGACUGAGAUUUUUCGAUACGUAUUCCUUUUAGAAUUUCCAGGGGUGGGGUUAUUUGUUUAUGUGAUUACGCGUUGUUUUAUUCUGUGUGAAAAGGAAAUGUCGAAACUGGUUGAAUACGCAAUGGAUGACAUUGUGAAGUCGAGAAAAAGUACAUAUUUGUUUUAUUGAUGGUUACUUAUAAAUGUAUAUAACUAUAUACAUAAAUAUAAAUAUAUAUAUAUAUA